AAAGAAAGAAGGGGAGAAGAAGAAGCACGGAGAGGCGCGUAAAGCGGCAGACUGCAUCAAAAUUAUCAGUCCAGGACUUGAUCCCGCGCGCCAGCUAGGAUGGCACAGCCUGCCUUGAAAAGUUUCACACAUCGUUUCUAGUCAAAGUUGGGAUUACUUUGGACACUUGGUGAGUUUGCGCCCUGCUGUAAACACUGACGUGUGCAUUUUUUUCCUAUUGUUUUGCUUCACUACGUUGGACGGACGGAGUGGGUUUUUCGCCGCGUCCCCCCUUCGGGUGGAUUUGAGAGAAAUGAGUGAGAGGAGGCGAUCUGCCGCAGCUCUGAGCUCUAGAGCCCACGCUUUUUCCGUGGAAGCCUUGAUCGGCUCUAACAAGAAGAGGAAGCUCCGGGGCUGGGAGGAGAAGGAGCUGGAGUUGUCCAUGGAGAGCCUCGCCACGGACGGAGAGGAUCCGGCGCACUGUCUGGAUAUGGACCCGGACUCAGAGGCGAGUCCCGGCUCGGACGGAGAGGGUCUGGCCGAGAGGACGUCCUGCUCCUUUGGCUCACCUGCCGAUUUGGCCCCGGGCCCCUGCGACGCCUCUCCCCAGGCCUCCAUGGAGGAGAUCCAGGUAGAGCUGCAGUGCGCAGACCUGUGGAAGCGCUUCCACGAUAUCGGUACAGAGAUGAUCAUCACUAAGGCUGGCAGGAGGAUGUUUCCUGCUAUGCGAGUAAAAAUUGCAGGCCUGGACCCCCAUCAGCAGUAUUACAUUGCCAUGGACAUAGUGCCAGUGGACAACAAGAGAUACAGGUAUGUGUACCACAGCUCCAAGUGGAUGGUGGCAGGAAAUGCAGACUCUCCAGUGCCUCCACGGGUCUACAUCCACCCGGACUCUCUGGCCUCAGGAGACACCUGGAUGAGGCAGGUGGUCAGCUUUGACAAACUCAAACUGACAAACAACGAGCUAGAUGACCAGGGACACAUCAUCCUCCACUCCAUGCACAAGUAUCAGCCUCGUGUACAUGUCAUCAGGAAGGACUUCAGCAGCGAACUGUCUCAAAACAAGCCUGUGCCCAGUGGGGAGGGAGUGAAGACUUUCAGCUUCCCUGAGACUGUCUUCACCACUGUUACUGCCUACCAGAACCAGCAGAUCACCAGACUAAAGAUUGACCGCAACCCAUUUGCCAAAGGAUUCCGGGAUUCAGGACGAAACAGGACCGGCCUGGAGGCGAUCAUGGAGACAUAUGCUUUCUGGAGACCUCCAGUGAGGACCCUCACAUUUGAAGAUUUUACUAAUAUGCAGAAACAGCAAGGUGGCAGCACAGGCACUUCUCCCACCACCUCCAGCACAGGAACUCCUUCUCCCUCUGGUGCAGCACACCUCCUGUCUCCUUCCUGUUCACCCCCAACCUUCCACUUGGCCCCAAACACCUUCAAUGUGGGCUGCAGAGAAAGUCAACUCUGCAACUUGGGCUUAACGGAGUACCCCGCCUGUGCUCGCAGCAACAUGGCAGCACUGCAGGGCUAUGGUGGCCUGGCUGACAGUUCCUAUGGACGCCUCCAAGCUGCAGGGGGUGCUGUGGCUUCUGCUCAACCCUCUGAAUCCUUCUUGCCACAGAGGACUUCCUCCUUGAUUGCUGCUGGCAUGCAGGGUGGCACUCAUGCCUCCCUGACCGGCAGUGGCAGUGGCAACAGCACAGGUAGCAAGAUGGAUGCCUAUAGCAGUCAGCUCGGCUCUUUCCCAGCCUCUCAGCUUCAGUACGUGAUGCAGGCUGGCGGUAGCUCCAGCUCUGCCUCGUCCUCUUCAUCAGGUUCCUCCCCUUCCUCUGCCCAUAUGUUUAGCGGAAGUCACCACCAUGUGCAGCAGGGCUCUUACAAUGCUUUCUCCCUCCACAACCCUUACAACUUAUAUGGAUACAACUUCCCCACCUCUCCUCGACUGGCUGCAAGCCCCGAAAAGCCCCAAGGGGGGUUGCUCUGCUCCUCCGCUCCUGCAGGGGCCUUCGCUGAGCGCCAGUACUUGUCUAAUGGUAGCAUGGACACUAUGCACAUGAUCAGCAACUCCACCGGCAGCCAGCAGGGCAGCAACUCUUGUGAUGGACGUCAGUAUGGCUCCUCUUCUCAGAUGUCCAUGCACAUGGUGUAAGAACUGAGAAUGCAUCUCACAGAGCUCCAUGUUACCAAAGUCUUUCAGGUGAAAAGCAAAAUUUUAAUCGGUAAGGGAUGGUACUGAAGAGGAACCAGCAUUUUUACAUGCAGCAUUUAGAUGCUGAGGUACCAUGAAACUUUUCAGAAACACUCCACCACUCACUACAAUACAGAGUGAGUCAAAACUACUAUUUAAUUAUCCUCAUAUUAAUAAAUAAAAACAGUGGUACAACAGCUGGACUCUUACUGAUGGCAAAGAAAGAGCAAACUCGGAUCAGUGUAAGAAGAAAAAGGAAGGAGUGCCUAUGUUCUGAUUCAGAAAGUAUGUCAAUUUGUUAUGGUGCAAUAAUAGCAACAGUCCCUUCAAAUGACUUAUUCUUAAUUUUAGGGACUCAUAGGCCAUCUAGUCUUCCUGCCACCCUGUAACCAAAGAAUCUUUACUGUGAUCCAGAAGUUUUUACUUCACGCAGCACUUGUGCCAUUUUGGUAUAGGAAUGUCAAAAGGUCAGUGGUUUGCUGUCAUGGUCUGAGGUUUUGGCUAGAAUGAAAGGGACAACUGGACAAGAUCACAGAAUGACUCACCGCUCCACAUUCAUGAAGGAGAUGAAAUAUCUGGACGCUGUGGCGGCCAUUUGUAGUGCCAAACAGUGUCACUGCAGGUUUGUUUUACAGAUAAACUUUUUAAAAACUCCAGCAGACAUGAACAGGACACAAGAGAUCAGGACUGCAUUGCACAACUUCAUCCAUGAGACUUUUUCACGGAAUAGAAUGGCUUCACUAUGUUUGAGUGAAUUAUGGUUUUAACAUAUAUAUAUAUAUAUAUAUAUAUAUAUAUAUAUAUAUAUAUAUAUAUAUAUAUAUAUACAUAUAUAUAUAUUUAUAUAUAUAUAUAUAUGGAGCCAAUAACAUAAGCUUAAAAAGUUGUUGUGUGAAAUAUAUAAAAUAAGCAAUAGCAAAAGAGAGUAAAGUAUGUUGUGAUGUGUAUUAGAGAUGUGUAUUUAAGAUCUGAGCGAUAUAGCAGUUUUACCACCCAGUCUGUUAUAAAAAUGUGUGGAAAAGGGUACUAGCAAAGUAAUUCUUUUUUGAGGCAUUUAAAACAAAUGUAAAUAAAGGUGCCA